UAAGGUCCAGUUUCAUUAGGGCAAUUGAAAUUUGUUUAGGGCACGAUAUAGCAGCGAUUGAAUAGGGUGAAUCAUUCCAAUCGAUCCAUGGACGACAUGGCAGCGUACUACCCUACUCCUCCACCAUCCGCCCUCCACCCCACCCCUCACCACCCAUACUACCCUCCUCCCCCACCCCACGGCGCCCAACCACCCCCUCUCGCACCACUGCCUCACCAAUUCCACCCUCACCACCACCACCACCACCAACCCCCGUUCGCCUCCUACGCGCCCCCUCACUACCCGCAGUCCUCGCACGACCAGGUCCGGACCCUCUUCGUCGCCGGCCUACCCGAAGACGUCAAGCCCCGCGAGAUAUACAACCUCUUUCACGAGUUCCCCGGGUACGAGUCUUCUCACCUCCGAAGCCCUACCUCUUCUUCCCAGCCAUUUGCUUUUGCUGUAUUUAUGGAUCAACAGUCAGCUGUCGCGGCAAUUCAGGCACUAAAUGGAAUGGUUUUUGACCUUGAGAAGGGGUCCACCUUGUAUGUUGAUCUAGCAAAAUCUAACUCACGAUCCAAGCGCUCAAGAAUUGAUGAUGGAAAAACUGGAUCAGAGAAGAGAACUAAAGGAUCUGCUUCAUUUUCAGGGGGCAUUCCUGAUACUGGUGUUGGCAGCGGUCACAUGCCUGGAAUUGGUAAUUCUGCUUACAACACAAUUGGUUAUCCAUCCACACAAAGUUACACAAACUAUGACGGUAGAGCUUCGUAUGAGACAACCAUGACAAAGAACUCUUCAGCUACCGCAUGCCCUACAAUAUUUGUGGCUAAUUUGGGACCAACUUGUACAGAGGAGGAGCUAGUUCAAGUAUUUUCAAGUUUCCCUGGAUUUCUGAAAUUGAAGAUGCAGAGCACCUAUGGAGCUCCGGUUGCAUUUGUUGACUUUCAGGAUACUGCCUCUUCAACUGAAGCACUGAAUCAUCUGCAAGGCACCAAGUUGUACUCAUCACCACCUGGUGAGGGCAUGCGGUUGGAGUAUCCUUCAAAAGCUAUUGUAGUCUGUUUGGUUUUGUUUUUGUUUUGUUUUCCGUAGUCAUUUUUUUCGUGUUUUUGGGAGUUUGAGAAUAAUCAUCAUUCCCCCCUCCUUUUGUCCUAGAGAAAACAUUUAUUUGAAAAAUCAAAAGACUUCUUUAGGAUUGGGUUGCUUUGAAAAAAUAAAAAUAAAAAAUCCUUUUAGCAGUUCUGCUAGGCAAGUUUUCUUUGCUUUUUGGAAAAUGAUGCAAAAGAAAAAGCAGAAAGCACACAAAUUUGUCAUACAAUUUUUUUCUCCAUGGCUCUCUUUUGUCAUCCAAAUUUUUGCUUAAUGAGAAAUUCAGGUAUGCGAAAUCACGGAUGGGAAUGCGCAGUAAGAAGUCAAGGUGAAUGCAAGUUUAUCAAAGGAAAUGUGGUCGAUCUUCCUCUUCCAUUAUCACUCAAGUGGAUGCGCAUUAUAUGUAGUUUUGGACCUCAGAUUUGAUUACCGAAUGCUUGUUUGAUUAACUGUUAUACUUUUUUUUGGUCCUUCGGAAUAAUAACUGUUAUAUGAUUAUGAUCCUAUCCCUGAAUCACACAGCUCUUGAUGACAGUGAACAUGUCGAACAUAGUUCUCAAUGGAGGGAUAAGUUCCAAAA